AUGACGGUGGAUUACGAAACCCCAGAUCCAACGCCAGAUCACCUCAAUCAGAACACACAAAAUGCUAGCCGAUUAUGCGGAACUACCGAAGAUGAUGUUGAGGAUGUUUAUCCUUGUACAGUCGUGCAAGAAGCUCUAGUAGCGCUCUCUGUCAAGAACCCACGCACAUACGUCGCUCGGUAUGUGUAUCGCCUGAAAGAUGGCAUCACUUUCGAUAAGUUCCACGCUGCAUGGGAUUCCACUGUAAGAGCGCAUACGAUUCUCCGUACGAGAGUCGUGCAGCUUGGCUCUCAGGGUGCGAUUCAAGUAGUUCUGCGUCAGGGAAUUGAGUGUCAAAGAAGUGGCGAUCUCCAGCAGUAUCUCAUCGAUGACUGCGCAAAAGAGACACCGUUAGGAGCACCGUUGGCACGGGCUGGCUUCAUCCAGGGCGAGAAGUCUACAAGCCCAGCCUAUUUUGUCAUCACUUUGCACCACGCCUUGUAUGACGACUGGUCGCUGGCUCUGAUUCUUAAGCAUAUUGAAGCUGCAUAUGCGGAUCAACGAGUACCAGAUCAGUUCUUCUCCCGGUUUAGCUCCUACUGCAUGGAUGCUUCCAACGAGACAGCCGCCCAGUUCUGGCGCAAUGAGUUCUCGCGUAUGAAUCCAACUUCAUUCCCGUCUCUGCCAGCCGAGUCGUAUACGCCGGCAGCGACUAGGUCUCUCAUCCAGACGACCGAGUUUGACGAAUUCAUGAGCUUUGACGGUCUAUCGACGACUGUCACCAUGGCCUGGGCAAUUCUCAUCUCCCGCCAUACGGCGUCCGAAGAGGUGGUAUUCGGCGUGACGGACACUGGACGACGCGCUACAAUGCCCGGUGUGGAAUUGAUGAGCGGCCCGACGAUCGCCACAUUCCCCUUCCAGGUCCUCGUGGUCGAUGGCCAACCGGUUGCCGACUGCUGGAACCAACUCCAUGCCCGUCGAGCGGAAAUGGUUCCGCAUGAGCAAUUCGGUCUCAGUCAGAUGCGCAUGCUAUCCCCAGAAGCCGCUGCGGCCUGUAAGUUUCAGAGUCUGAUUGUCUUGCAACCGAAACGACGGGAUGAUUACUCGCUCUUCGCCGAAGUCACGCACGACCAGAAUCUAGAGAAUCAUGCCACGUUCGGAACAUACCCGAUCACUCUCGUUGUAGAGCCGGCAGGGGAUUCAGUCAGCGUGCAGGCUGUAUAUGAUCAUAAUAUCGUGCCCGAUGCUCAGAUGGAACGGCUGCUUCAGCAGCAUUCCCAUAUCAUGAAAUGGGUCAAUCGCAGAGAUAAUACGCGCAUCGGUGAUAUUGAGGGCUUAUGUCCGGAGGAUAAAGCCCAGUUGCAGAUGUGGAAUAGUCAAAGAGCGCCGGAAAAUAUCCAACGAUGUGUUCACGACUUAAUUUCGGGGUUGUCGCGAUCUCAACCAGAUGCUACUGCUGUCUGUUCCUGGGAUGGCAAGCUGUCCUACGGCGAGCUCGAAGUUCUGUCAAAUGGCUUCGCUGCGCAACUGUUGGAAGAGGGUGGUAUAAAGCCGGACAUGAUUAUUCCACUGUAUUUUGAGAAAUGUAAAUGGACCCCGGUGGCUAUUCUAGGUGUCAUCAAAGCUGGCGCUGCAUUUGCCUUGUUGGAUCCUGGCACGCCGCUGGCGCGAUUACAGACGAUCUGCGAGAGCACUAGAGCAUCAUUUGUCGUCUGCCCUCCAGAGUUAGUAUCCCGAGCAAGGGAGCUGACAGGCAAGGUUAGUGUGCUUAAUACUGACGACAAUAGCCUUGCAACUCUGGCUCCCAGCUACACUGGGUCCGAUGUCACACCAUCUAAUAUCCUCUACGUCGUGUAUACCUCUGGAUCUACAGGCCAGCCCAAGGGGGUUGUCAUCGAGCAUGGUGCAUUCUGCUCCAGUGCGCUGGCUUACAUUAAAACCGCUGAAAUGAAUAAGGAAACUAGAGCCCUGCAAUUCGCAUCAUACUCAUUCGAUGUGAGCGUCACCGAUCAUCUAGCGACCCUGCUCGCUGGAGGCACAAUUUGCAUCCCCUCGGCCGAAGAUCGGAUGAAUGACAUUGUCAGUGUCAUUAACAAAUUCCAGAUUAACUAUGCAGACUUUACCCCAUCCUUCCUCCGUUCUCUCCGUCCUGAAGAUAUGCCGACUUUGCAGACAAUUGUUGUCGGAGGGGAGGCAUUAUCGCGAGCAGUGAUAGACAUCUGGGGAAACCAUGUCCGGUUACUCAAUAUCUAUGGACCGGCUGAAUGUUGUGUUCUUACUACCAUCCAGCCUCACAUCACCCUGGACUCAGACCCGUUGAAUAUCGGAUUCGGCACUGGGGCUGUAUGCUGGGUGGCCGAUAGCAACGACCACAACCGUCUGGUGCCUAUCGGUGCCGUUGGCGAGCUAUUAGUCGGAGGGCCGAUCAAGACAGAGGCUGUUUUCGUUGAGAACCCAGAAUUCCUGGGCAGGUUUUCACCCUCGUCACCACAAAAUCGCGUUUACAAAACAGGCGACUUGGUACAAUACGCACCAGAUGGAUCGAUUCGAUUCCUAGGCCGAAAGGAUAUGCAAGUGAAGUUGCGUGGCCAGAGAAUUGAACUCGGAGAAAUUGAAUACUGCUUGAAUCAGUGCUUUGACAUCCCCGGUUUGGUGGUGGACGUGGUGAAAUUCAACAGUAACACAGCCGUUCUUGUUGCCUUCAUCCUUCGAGAGUCUGUCGGGGCGACAGAUCCAAAUGAGCUUUUUCAUAUCCCUGACGACGUGUUCCGGUCCAGUGUUGCUCAGGCAGAGGCACAUCUCCGUACUCAGUUGCCGGGGUAUAUGGUCCCAAGUUUGUUUGUGCAGCUAGCCCAAAUGCCCACGACCGCGUCCGGGAAAAUAGACCGAAAACGGUUGAAAGAGUACAUGGCUUCUCUAUCUCUGGAUGAUCUGCAGAAAUAUACGGCCGCAAAGCAUGACAAGAAGCCCCCGUCAACCGAGCACGAGAAAGUCAUCCAUGGAUUUGUGACUCGUUUACUUGGUCUGAAACCCGAGGCAGUCGGCGUGGAAGACACUAUAUUUAGUUUAGGAGGAGAUUCAAUCACCGUGAUGAGGCUUGCUGGAUUGGCGAUGGAGCAGGGUUGGGUGAUGACCGUCGCGGAUAUCUUUGCAUGCAAAGGUCCCAGCAGACGGACAAGCAAUAUCAACCUCUUUCCCUCAUCCAAAACCUGGAGCUAG